UCGGUUUGCCUUUUGAUUGGAUUCAGACACCUCAGUACACAGCGAGAAAUACUCCAGACAAAAUUGUAUAAUAGCUAAUUGAAAUUGGGCAAAGCGGACAUAGCCAACAGCAGCCACCAUGAAGAAGGAGGAGCCCAUCAUGGAUGGGCCGAAGCGCAUGCAGAACGAGCUGAUGAUGAUGAUGGGAUAUAAGAAUUUCGAUCAGCUGCAACUGCUGCAGGCUGCCAAGGACAACAUCUACAAGUGGGAUGCACUGAUUUUGCCCAACAGUCCGCCCUACGACAAGGGCGCCUUUAGCCUAGAGAUCGACUUCCCCAAGGAAUAUCCAUUCCGGCCACCCACCUUGCACAUCAACACAAAGAUCUACCAUCCGAAUAUCAAUGAAAAGGGUCAGAUUUGCUUGCCCAUACUCGAGCCGGAGCACUGGAAGCCCACGUCCCGAAUCGACACUGUUCUCCAGGUGCUCGUUGCGACCAUCAACGAUCCCCAGCCGGAAAAUGCGUACAUUGUAGAGAUAAGCAAUCAGUUUGUAAACGAUCCGCAGAAGUUCUUCAAGAUGGCCGAUGCGUGGGUGACGCGCUACAGCGACUACAGGCCAACGGAGCAGCAGCUGGCCCGGAUUGCCAAGCGUCGAAAGAAAGCACUGAUGAAAAAAUAGUAAGCCCAGGUAUCUAAUGAUAACAGCAAUAAAUUGUUGCACAUUUUGCUCAGUGUAUCCAGAAGUCAAUUGGCAU